UUAUACCUACAACACCAACUCCAGCUUCACAUUAUAUGCACAUUUACAUGUAAAUAUAAGGGUGCAUAAACACAGACAGUCUCACAAUAUUUAAGACCACUGUCACUUCUUCACAACUGCAAUUCGUAUUGUGUUUUGCUCGAGAAUGGAACACAAGAUCAAGAGAUCUCUCCUCAACUACUUUCACGAAGAGGGGAAAUCGAUGCAUCCUCAGAUUCAUCUCCCUCAGCAGCAGCAGAUCUCGCGGAAUCUUGAUAGUCUGCUUCGGAGUCCUUCAACUUCUGUUGUAUCGCCGUCACAAAAUAUUAUGCACUCGAUGAUGCCUCCUCCGAGCCCUGAUUCUCCCUGGACACUGUCUCCGCUUCAGAGCCCUUCUCCGCCUCUUCUGUGCCACUGCAUUGCCUCGCUUCACCGCCUUGAUGGCACGGUCCACGCCAUUGCAGCUAUAAAUGGGACGGUCUUUACUGGCUCUGACAGCAGUAGAAUUCGUGCCUGGCGCCAGCCUGAUUGCUUCGAGAGAGGCUACCUUAAGGCCAGCUGCGGCAGUGUGAGAGCAAUGCUGGCUUAUGGCAAUGUGCUCUUCACUUCUCAUAAAGAUUUCAAGAUCAGGACGUGGAUAGUCACGGUUUCUGACAACUUUAAGGCCAAGAAGAUCUCGACUCUGCCAAGAAGAAACUCAUUGUUCACGUUCUCUAGAAGAACUAGUGAAGGCCAUAAGGACUAUAUAUCUUGCAUGGCUUAUUAUAACGCGGAAGGCCUUUUGUACACCGGUUCAUGGGACAAGACGGUGAAGGUUUGGAGGGUUUGGGAUAAUCUAUGCGUCGAUACAUUCCUAGCACAUGAUGAUAAUGUCAAUGCAGUCGUCGUCAAUCAAGACGAUGGAGUUCUUUUCACUUGCUCAUGUGAUGGUUCCAUCAAGAUUUGGAGGAGAAUUUACGGCCAAAGCUCUCACACUCUGACAAUGACACUCAAGGCCCAUUCUUCGCCUAUCAAUGCCAUGGCCUUAAGCACCUCAGUCAUCGACUCCUAUGUACUCUACUCGGGGUCCUCAGACGGGUUCAUAAACUUCUGGGAGAAGGAGAAGGUAUCGGGUAGGUACAAUCACGGAGGGGUUCUACAAGGCCAUAGAUUCUCAGUUCUCUGUUUAGUUGCUCUCGGGAAGCUGAUUUUCAGCGGAUCAGAAGAUACCACGAUUCGGGUCUGGAGACGCGAAGAAGGGAAGAAUAGUCACGAGUGUUUGGCCGUGGUGGAUGCGCAUAGAGGGCCUGUUAAGUGCCUCUCUGCGAGCCUGGAAGUGGAUAAAGAUGUGGGGGUUCUGCUGUAUAGUGCAGGCCUGGAUCAAAAUUUUAAGGUCUGGAGAAUUAAAGUGAUGCUGGAAGAAAGAAAUACUGGACAUUGUUUCGAAACUGCUAGUAAUAAUAAGCUAAGAGAGUUCGAAAUGAGCCCUGUGUUGUCUCCUUCUUGGGUUGAGAGGAAGAUCCAUGGGAGCCAUCCUUCUCGUUAAGCAUUCGAGAGUUGCUAGUCAUCAUAUGUGCUGAUAUAUGUGUAUUUAAUUUUUUUUUUUUUUUGGUUCGGACUGGCCUAUUCUUGGUUCAUUUGGAGAUGUCGAAUGUUAUAUAGUGUUAUGUUCUGUUGUGUUCUUUGUAGUUCCG